GUUGAGAGUUACUUUCUCUAUAGUAGCUACCAUCCACACCACUUAGCUUCAGCUAAUUUUUUGAUAACUUUUGGAUAUUUAUAGUUUUGAACAGGAUUCCCUUUGUUAGUUGAACUCUUUGAGAGCUCUUGUCACUCUUUUAGCAAUUGCACGCUAUUUGUGAAAUUCGAUCGUUUGUUUAUCCCUAUACAGCAUUGCGGGAUAUAUGAAUAAGACCUGAACAUAUGGAUAGAAAUUUAAAAGGAACUAUUGGCGAUUCUUUAGCUGAUAAUAGCUUGAAUGAUAUAGAUAACAAACGAUGGGUUUGGAUUUCACAUCCUGAGACUGCAUUCACGAAGGCUUGGAUAAAAGAAGAACUUGAUGAUGGCAAAUAUGUAGUCCGAUACAACAAUUCCAGAGAUCAAAGCGUUGUUGGUCAUGAUGAAAUCCAACCUCUUAAUCCUAGUCGGUUCGACCGAGUUAACGAUAUGGCUGAAUUGACGAAUUUGAAUGAGCCCUCGGUCACCUAUAAUUUAGAGCAGCGAUACCUUUCCGAUCAGAUCUAUACCUAUUCAGGUUUGUUUUUGGUAGCUGUUAAUCCAUAUCGACGAUUACCUAUCUAUGGCAAAGACAUGAUUCAAUUAUACAAGGACAAAAGCCAAGAGCGAAAACUUCCCCAUGUUUUUGCGAUUGCUGACCUUGCUUACAAUAAUCUGUUGGAAAACAAGGAAAACCAAUCCAUUCUUGUUACUGGUGAGUCUGGUGCUGGUAAGACGGAGAAUACCAAACGAAUUAUACAGUAUCUUGCUGCUGUUGCAAGUAAUCCAAAUGUGAUAUCUGGAGAACAAUUAGAAGAGCAGAUUUUAAAGACAAACCCCGUCCUUGAAGCUUUCGGCAAUGCCAAAACAGUGCGCAAUAACAACUCUUCUAGAUUUGGAAAAUUCAUUAAAGUGGAAUUUUCUGUCAGUGGUGAAAUUGCUAAUGCUUCUAUUGAGUGGUAUUUGCUGGAAAAAUCCCGUGUUGUUCACCAAAGCUCAGAAGAACGCAAUUAUCAUAUUUUUUAUCAAUUACUGAAUGGUGCUGACCCUGCUUUACGAAAAAAGCUCCUUUUGUCUAAUGAAUUUAAUGAUUAUGAAUACCUGAAGAAAUCUUCUCUUACUAUCCCGGGCGUUAAUGAUGCUGAAGAAUUUAAAGGAUUGUUGUCCUCCUUCAAAAUUUUGGGUUUUACCGAAAAAGAAAUUUUUGAUAUGUUCAGCAUAAUUUCUAUUAUUUUGCACAUAGGUAAUAUUGCUAUUGGCGCUGAUCGUUCUGGUGUUGCUCGCCUUACCAAUAUGGAUGAUGUUGAUAAGCUUUGCCAUCUUUUGGGUGUAUCUCCGGAAUUAUUUUCCCAAAACCUUAUCCGUCCACGAAUUCGUGCAGGUCACGAAUGGGUGGUGAGUGCUCGGUCCCAAGAACAUGUUAUAUCUUCUGUAGAGGCAUUGGCCAAAGCAAUUUACGAGAGAAACUUUGGCUGGCUUGUGAAGCGUAUAAAUAGUGCAAUAAGCCGAAACACCUCUUCGAACACUUUUAUUGGAAUUUUGGAUAUCGCAGGUUUUGAAAUUUUUGAGACAAACAGUUUUGAACAGUUAUGCAUUAAUUAUACGAAUGAACGCCUGCAGCAAUUUUUUAAUCAUCAUAUGUUUGUUUUGGAGCAGGAAGAAUAUAUGAAAGAAGAAAUAAAGUGGGACUUCGUGGAUUUUGGCCAUGAUUUGCAACCUACUAUUGAUUUGAUUGAGAAAUCUAAUCCUAUUGGCAUUCUAUCAUGCCUGGAUGAAGAAUGUGUGAUGCCAAAAGCCACAGAUACUACCUUCGUUUCUAAAUUAGAUGCAUUAUGGAGAGACAAAUCGCCCAAGUAUAAGCCAUUUAAAUUUGCUGGAUCUGGUUUUAUUUUAACGCAUUAUGCGGCCGAUGUACCUUAUUCAACAGAAGGUUGGUUAGAAAAAAAUAGUGACCCACUGAACGAAAAUAUCGCCAAGUUAUUUGCUCAUUCUACCAAUAAGCAUAUAGCUGAGCUUUUCUCUGAUUACCAAGAGGUUGAGACGAAAACGGUACGUGGACGCACCCGUAAAGCUCUUUUUCGAACCGUUGCACAGAGGCACAAAGAACAGUUAAAUCAAUUGAUGAACCAAUUUAACACGACACAACCUCACUUUAUUAGGUGUAUCAUACCUAAUGAAGAAAAGAAGAGCCAUUCGUUCAACAGAGCUUUGGUUUUAGACCAACUACGAUGCAACGGUGUUUUGGAAGGAAUACGGAUCACUCGUGCUGGAUUUCCUAAUAGGAUGCCCUUUAACGACUUUAGGCUUCGUUAUGAAAUGAUGGUAAAUCUUCCGAAAGAUAACUAUAUCGAAUCUCGACGUGCUUCACUUCUAAUACUUCAGCAAAUGGGACUUUCAGAAGAUCAGUUCAGAAUUGGUGUUUCGAAGAUUUUCUUCAAGGCAGGAGUGCUAGCAAGUUUGGAAGAAAGAAGACUACAUACUCUUCAGAAUAUAGUAAUUUCUUUACAGGUUCGAAUUCGUGGUUUUGUGCAAAGAAAGAAAUUCCAGAAGCGCUUAAAGGACAUAGAAUCCAUAAAGCAGAUACAGGCAAAUAUUUCUGUGUAUGACGAGCUUCGAAAACAUCCCUGGACGAAGCUAUAUUUUAAGUUAAGACCAAUGCUCAGUAGUACACACAAUGAUGAAAAAUUAAAGCGUAGAGAUGCGGAAAUUAUAGAACUGAAGUACGAAAUUAAGAAAAUCACGAAUGUUAAGGAGGGUCUUGAAGCUAAAGUCAAUGAAUCUAAUAAGUCUUAUCUUGCUUUAGAAAAUGCCCUAACCAGCGAACGAGCCAUUGCACUUGAUAAGGAAGAAAUUCUGCGUCGUACUCAAGAAAAAUUAGCGUCUUUGGAAGAAUCUAGUGGAACGUUAAGUGCUACUUAUAAAGAUAUGGAAGCUCGAUUGGCUGAUAUUGUAAAUGAGAAAGAAGCAGGCAACAAGCACAUUGAAGAGAUGACGGUUACCCUUGAGUCCAUAUCGUUUGAAAACGAGAAAAUGAGAGAAGAAAAUAAAAAGCUACAGAAAGACUUAGAUACUUCUCGAAUGGACAUUGAACAAAUUAAAUCUGCAUUGUCGGCUGCUAAGAUGGAGAUAAAUUCAUUAUCUAAAGAAAAGACGUCUACUGAUGAGGGUCUAACAAAGCUAAGAGAAGAUAACGAGAAGAAAGGGCUCGAAUUGUCGUCUUUGAUGGAUAAAAAUUCUACUUUAAAUCGCGAACUUCAGAAGUUUAAAGAAAUGAGCAAAUCAUUAGAAGAAAGACUAGCUAAUGAAAUGAGUACGACGAAAAACAUGAACUUCACCUUAAGAAGCGUGUCUUCUGAAUUGGAACGAAACAAAAUCGAAAAAUCAGACAUGGCUAAUGAUAUAUCGAUCUUAAAACAACAAAACCAAGAACUUGACGUUCUGAAGGGAGUUCAACAAAUGACGAUAGAAAACCUUGAACAGAAAAUCGGGUAUCUUGAAGCUGACGUUAAGGAAAUGUCUCAGUUGAAGAAAGAACUUGGUGCUUUAACCGAAAAAGAUAACUUAUAUAAAGUUCAAUCUUCUAGGAAUCAAGAACUUGAAGCAAUAAUAAAAAAUCAUAUGCUUACAAUUAAAGAUCUUGAUAGCAAUUUGAAAGAUGCUAACAGCAAGUUACUGAAAUUGCAGGAUUUUCCAUCAAAGUAUGAAAGCUUGACUGCAAAAUCCGAAGAGCUACAGAAGAAAGUUCGACAACUUGAAAGGUUCAAAUCAGAUUUUGAGCUUCAAAACAAGGAGAUCUUCAGCUUACGCAAGAUUGAAAAUGAUUAUCGUGAACUACUGCUUAAACAUGAUAAGUCAACGAAAGAUAUCGAACGUUUAGAAACAAGCAGUUUUUCUACUAAUGAUCGAUAUCAAAAAUUGCUUGAUGAGCAUAGCGGUUUGAGGAAAAAAUUUGGAGACAUAACUGGCCAGCUCGAUUCAGCCAUGCAGAAACUUCCCAGGAUUCCCUUAUUAGAAAGUGAAAUUGCAAAAUUGAAGCAAGAUUUUACAAACACUGUUAGAGAACUUGAAGGAGAGAAACAAAAGGCUAUAUUAGCUAGUCAGGAUAACGAACAGUUACGUUCGUUAAAGAGAGAACUUCAGAAUAAACGACAAUUAGAAUUGAAUUGCCAGAAGCUUUCAGAAGAGGUUAAGACUACCCGAAGUUUGCGAUCAGAAGUCACCUUGUUGAGAAAUAAAGCCUCUGACGUGGAGUAUUCUAAAAACAAACUCACAGAGUCAGAAUUGAAAUUAAAGGAAGUCAGAAAAGAGUUAAAUUCUGCAAUAGAAUUGAACAAGAAGAAAGACGCUGAACUUCAUCGGUUAAAGGACCAUAAGCCUGCUGAGAAGGAGAAUAAACCUCCAGCGUCCUUUAAAAGCUCUCUUCCUGAGAGAAAGACUAUUUUUGACUUACAGGUGCGAAAUGCCAAUCAGACUCUUUUCGAGAAUCUGAAGAGAGACUACGAUAGGCUUAAUCUUGAAAAGCAAUAUCUUGAGAAGCAAGUGCAAGAAAGCAAAAAUUCUGGGAUGACACCACAAGCGACAGGCGGGUCUUUGGAGCGGGUUGCCUUUUCUCAUGCCGUAGAAGUGAAAGCCUUGAAAGACCAAAUCAAUAGCGAGAAGUCCAAGGUCUUUACCGCGCAAUACCAGUUUGAAAAGCGAGAAAAAGAAUUACUGAAAUUAAUUUCCGACAUGGAAAAGCAGAACCGAUAUUCAUUAAUUGACGUUCGGGCGCUUCGAGACAGAAUUGCUAGUCUUGAAGAAGAGCUGGCAGUAUCUUCUCGAGCAUGAUGUUGGUUUACACUAUGCAUAUGGUCAUUUCAUUCUUUAAUUAUAGUUAGUUGAUAUUUCUUUUGUAAAUAUAUAAUAUUGAUAGAUCUUUAGGACGCGAUGAAUUGAAUUGAAUUUCAUUAUGAAUAUGAUAUAUGUAAAGGAAAUGAGGGUAUUCAAAAGAAAAAUUUCUAUAAACGAAUGAAAAGAAAAGCAAG